AUGGCGCCGCCGCAGCAAGAGCAGCUGGGCGUCGCGCAGCGCCGCAACCCCCUGCGCACCCUGUUUUCGCGGCGCAACAUCGUCGGCUGCCUAGUGGGUGCCGCCACCGGCGCGGGGCUGCGGCUGGGGCCCCUCGCGGCCGUGGCCGGCUUCAUCGUUGGGCGCUGGGCCUACGGGCACGCCGAGCAGCGCGUUCCCUUCACCUCGCGCGUCCACAUCAUCUUGCUGCCGUCAGCGGCGGAGGCUGCCCUCGGCGCUGUGCUUUACCAGAAAUUUGUGGCCGAGCAGGCCGGCAAGAAGACGCUGCUGGGCAAGCAGCACAAAGAUACGCUGCUGGUGACAUCCGUGGCGCAGCGGCUGAUCAAGGCGCUUGGGGAGGGUAAGGGCGGCGGCUAUCAGAAGCACCUGCGCAGCUUCAGCUGGGAGGUGGCAGUGGUGGAUGAGGAGACGAUGAAUGCCUUUGUGUUCCCCGGGGGCAAGAUCUGCGUCUACACCGGCCUGCUGAAGCUGCUGCGGCGCGACAAAGACCUGCUGGCAAUGGUCAUGGGCCACGAGAUCGCGCACGCCCUGGCGCGCCACAGCACCGAGAAGAUGGGGCUCGGCCUCGGCAUCAGCGUGGCGCUCUCCAUCGUGGCGGCCGCGCUCAACGGCGGCGCCCCUGCCGGCGGCGGCAGGGGUUACGAGGCGCGGCAGCGGCAGGAGGAGGAGCGGUCGAGGCACGCGCGCCACAUGCGGUACUCCCGGCUCGUGGAAGGCGGCGAGGAGGAGGAGGAAGAGGAGCAGCAGCAGCAGCACCAGUAUCCGCAGCAGCACCAGCCUCACGGCGCCGCCGCGCUCGGCGCCACCGCCGCCGCCUCGCGCUACGGCGCUGCCGCCGCGGCCCCACGCAGCGGCGGCGGCACGGCAGGUGCCCCGCAGCUUCCCGUCUGGAUGAGUCAGGACAUGGUUGACCGUUUGACUGCCAUCCUUCUCGAGCUGCCCUUCAGCCGGCGCGCAGAGACUGAGGCGGACCUGAUUGGCCUCAAGCUGAUGACACUGGCAGGCUUUGAUGCGUCCAAGGGGCCCGAGGCGUUCACACUGCUCGCACAGGCGCGGCCCUGA